AUGGACGAAGACGCCCGACUGAAGAAGCUGGACUAUACAGCACCGAAGACGCUACAAUUCGUGGCAGGGCUUCAAGGUCCAUUGGUCCGUGAAGUUUGCCUCCGAAUGCGUCGACCAGAUACGUAUACAAAGAUGCGCCGUUCACAAAAGAAGACAUCGUUGCUGAAUCUCGACAUAGGGGCUGUUGUCACGUUAGUGACGCGUCGAGCGUGGAGAAAGCUCGGAUCUCCAGCCUUGGAGCUUAAAAUCAUGCCAGUCAAGAAGGCAGAAGGAUCACCGAUGAAGACUGACGGAAAAUUCUCCACAGACUUCUCUGUCAGAGACCGCAUAACAGGGAAGAACAUUCAAGGUAAUGGAACCUGCUACGUCAUCGGCAUGAAUCUGCUAGAACUGGAGUGGUGUAUUCAACUUCCACUGUACAAGGAGUUGAAAGACAAAUAUCGCUGCCGAAUGGUGACUAAAGAAGAAGCAAACCGAGCGAAAAUCAUCGCAGGCUUGAAGAAGCAAUAUGCAGAUGUAUUCUAG